AUGGGAAAGGAUCUAGAAAUAGCUGGCUACACCGUCUUGCCACUUCGUUUACCCCCCGCCGAGUCCAAGCGUGCAAAGCCCGCAACACAUUAUCUCUACCUCCGACCUCAUGAACCACGCAUUCCCGAUGCUGAUACACCCCGCUCGCUAUUCGUAGUCAAUGUUCCCAUCGACACGACAGAACUACACUUGCGUCACUUAUUCGGGAGCCAGCUAGCCGCCGGCCGUGUAGAGCGAGUCCACUUCGAAGCCGUACCGACGAAGAAGAAGGGAGGAAUGACCACGGCGCAUAGCAUGGUCGCGAAUGUUUCGAAGAGCAAAAAGAGAAAGAGAGUGACAGUCGAUGAGCUACAGAAUCAGCUGGAUGAUGUCGCGUUACCGUCUACGUGGGACCGGGAACUUCAAAAAAGCGGUGCGCAUGCCGUCGUCGUCUUUGUCGAUAAGCCCAGUAUGGUGGCCAGUGUGAAAGCGGCCAAGAAAGCAGGCAAAAGGAAGGAUGGGGAAAUUGUUUGGGGCGAAGGCCUCGAGGACCGUCUUCCUCAGCUGGGCUUACAGCGUUAUCUCAACCAUGAAGAGGUUCGGUAUCCUCCCCGCGCGGAGUUGCUGCGCACGGUGAACGAUUUCAUGACGAUGUUUGAAGCUGUUGCCGAGGCGAGGAGGAAGGAGCAGGCACUCAGGGCACAGGAGCCGGACGAGGAUGGAUUUAUCACGGUUACGAGUGGGCCGAAGCUUACGUCUGUUGCACACGAAGAUGAAGCUAGGGAGUUGAUAGAGAAGCAGAAGCAGAAGUCGCAGGGAUUGGAAGACUUCUAUCGGUUCCAGUCUAGGGAGAAGAGGAAGGAGAGGCAGAAUGAGUUGCUGAAGAAGUUCGAUGAGGAUAAGAAGAAGUUGGAGGAGAUGAAGAAACGGAAGGGAAAAAUUAGGGUGAGUUAA